AUCCCUUAAUCACUAUUUCUUACCUUGAAUCUUGUCAUUAUAUCCCUUAAUCACGAUUUCUUACUCGCCUCCUCCGGAACCGAGUGUUUGAACCUUCGUCGUUGGUCUUCGCGAUGUCGGCAGUGGCAGCGUCUUUCGGAUAUGUGAAGGAGGUGCUUCCUCCGUCCCUCAACUCGUUUUCGGAACCACCAGCUCUCUUCGAUGGCACCACCAGGUUGUAUAUUUCAUACAUCUGCCCAUAUGCGCAACGCCCCUGGAUAGUUAGGAAUUUUAAGGGUUUGCAGAAAAAGAUCAUAUUGGUUCCAAUCGAUCUGCAAAAUAGGCCAGACUGGUACAAGGAGAAGGUUUAUCCUGGGAAUAAGGUGCCGGCUUUGGAGCAUAACAACGAGGUGAAAGGAGAGAGUCUUGAUCUGAUUAAAUUUAUUGAUGAAACUUUUGAGGGUCCUAAGUUACUGCCUAAUGAUCCCGCAAAGAGGCAGUUUGCAGAGGAGCUCUUUUCAUACAGUGAUAUUUUUAACAUGGUCAUUUUCAAGUCAUUGCCUGCUCCGGGAGAUAUUGGUGAAGCAGUUGUUGCUGCCUUUGACAAGUUAGAAGAUGCCCUUUCAAAGUUUGAUGAUGGACCAUUUUUACUUGGACAAUUUAGUUUGGUUGAUAUUGCCUAUGCUCCUUUCAUUGAAAGAUUCCAGUACGGCUUAACUGAGUUGAAGAAUUAUGACAUUACUAAAGGUCGGCCUAAAUUGGCAUUGUGGAUUGAGGAAUUGUACAAGAUUGAUGCGUACGCAGAGACUGUACAAGAUCCUAAAGAGCUACUGGCUGUGGCUAAGAAGCGUUUAGGGAUUGCCUGAAGAACUCCGCAGAGAAUUUUUCAUGUUAUGGUUACCCCUCUGAUGUGAUUUUAAAUAAAGAUACUGUGAACUUUCCGCAUUAAAUAUCUUUGCUUGAUUUGAAAUA